ACUUCUUGCCCUGUUUGACAUUGGUAAACAUUUUGUGAUAACCACUAACUGUUUAUUGUGAUAGAUGAAGAUUGCAACUUAAAAAAGAAUGCUAGUUUUCCAGUUCAUUAGUUAAAACAUUAAGCAUUUAAAUGAGUGAGCAAACUGUAUCUUUCAAAGUUAUACUAAGAACCUUCUCCCGAUAAGCACAUUUGAAGUUUUAGAUUCCUUUAUUUUGAUUUUGUAUAUCAAGAACAGCAAUAAUAUAAAUGAUGCUGCAGAAUUAGUUUAAACAUAGAUUUUGAAGGAGUCAUGAUAGUAUUAAUGCUAGGUGCAAGUUGAAAUUUACCUACAGUAAUAGAACUUUAAUAAUCAAAGCGACAUUUCCAAUUUAUUGCACACAUGACCAUUGCACACAUGCAUACAGUUUUUACACUAAAAUAUCAAAGAUUUGUUUCAAAUCACAAAUUUUCUGCCUGGAAAAAAAUGGAACUUUAAUAUGCAUAAAUAUAGCGGAUGUGUGUAUAUUAUCUAAUUUUCUAUAAAUUUUUUUCAGCUGGGAGAAUCAUAUAGCGCAUUACAACCAAGUUCUUACUCGAGUAAUUUUACUUAAUUGUUCAUCAAUAGCUCCUGAAAUCUUGAUGAGAAUUAGGUUCAUCUUUUGAUAGACAAGUGGAGGCCUGUGGCACCAAGAAUAUAUAUAAGGCUGAAGAAGUCCCCCAUUCUUGAAAAUAUUGAGUCACACAUGGCAUCUUUUAAGUCUUCUAAUGCUAAAUGCUAGAAUAAAGUCUUGAAACCAAGAUGCUUAGAAUGCUGAAUAGGGCCAUGAAACACUUCAAAUUCAAUCUUCAGUAGCUGCUUUGAAUGUGUGGAAAUAAAAUGUGGGAUUGAUUUGCAAUAUUUUAAAACAGCUGUAUCUUUCUGGGAUUGAUGCAAAAAAAGUUACUACAUUUUUGCAUUUUUGAAAAAAAAAAACCUUGGGGAUUGAAUCCAAAGUGCUGCAUAAUACUAAUUGUCCUGGUAAAUACUACAGAUGAACAAUAAGGAAAGAUUCCUGAGUAGUCAUGUACUAAGAAGUGAGGAUUGUAGGAGUGGGUAAUUUUACUAAGCUACAGGUUACUAUAUUUUAGCCUUGGCUAGAAAUGGCUUUUUUCAUCAGAAUUUCAGUAAUACAGUGCCUACGUAGAAUAGUAAACUUUGCUUGCAUGUUGGAAUUUAUUUUUGAUUUCACUGAAGAAAGCAAAAUAUUGAAUAUCUAACGUUAUAAAUUGGCAGUUCUAAAUAAUAGGACAAUAGAAAUCAAUUGAAUUCCCAUUAAUUUUCCGAUAAUUGAUUUUGAAAGGCAGGGUAUCAAUCUAAUAAUAAAUAAACAAUUCAGAAGUGAUGCGUUUCUUUGGUUGUUGUGAACUGUCCAGUUGUUGAGUCAGGUGGCAUAAAAGUUCAAUAAGUAUUGUUAUUCCUGCUGUUUUUAUGUUCGUUUGUCUUACUGCUUUUAGCUUGGACCCUACCUCAUGGUCAUUUUUAUAUUGUAAAUGAAUUAUUCAUCUUAAAAUAUACUUUGAUUUUCUAGUCCCUGUUCCAGUUCCAUAGUUUGCAAUUUGUGUUAACUAUUAUAUAGUUAACUAUAUAUAACUAAGAGUCACAAUCUUUUAGCUAUUUUAGGAGUACAUUAAAGACUUGGUUAUAAUUACAAGGCAAUGGGGCUAGGAAUGAAGGUACAAGAAAAUGAUAAAUUGGUAUCCUUUUGCAAUACUAUUUUAUUGUAACUUGUUACUUGAGACAAAAAUUUAAAUUGUUUUAAAUUACUUGGCCUUGUGGUUUUUUUUGUUUUUGUUUUAAUGCUGGGUAUAAAGCAUGUUUUUAAAAAAUUGAAUUGGCCUUACAUUUGAUAUUUGAGUGGUAUGCUGAUGACCACAUCCAAAGAGCAAUUUUUUACUUAAAUUUAAUUAAAAUAAAACUCUUGGCAGUAAUGUUUACAUUCCAAUUGUAAUUUUGCUACCCUCUUAAGAAUUACAACUUUGAGCUACUCUUUUGGGAAUUAUAAUUGACAUCACUGUGCACACUGUUUGCCUAUGAUAUUUUAUUAAAAUAAUGUAAUUUUAUGAUAUUACUUUCAACUUUACAUUCAGUGUUAAUAUAAAAUAGUUUUAAAGCAUAAUUAAGUUAUAGAUUUGAGGUAAGUAUUCAAGGUUCAGUUACUUGAACUAUUGGUUAUUUGAGCUGGGAUCACACAAAUUCUGUUAACUGGAUGGUGCUUAAAUGAGAAUAUAAAUAUAAAUAUUCUAGUCACCCUUGGUUUCUUAAAUCAUAUGAUUUGACAUAUCAGUUUACAAAUGCUGUAUUCAGCACGCAUUUAGGAGCAAGACCUGAAGCACUAGUAAUUUAUUGCCAAGUAAAAUCCAUUGAAUGAGCUGCUUGAACAAUUCCAUAAUAUGGUAACAUAUAAUCUAUCACAAACAUGAUAUUGUAUAAUGGCAGCAUCAAAAUAAAAAGUAACCAAAUUACACAGUGAUUUUUUCUCUUGGAACAGUUUGUAUUUCCACUAAUAAAAAUAUUUACUUCCUUGAAGAAGGUAAAAGUACAGGAAGUCCUUGACUUGCGUCUAUAAUUGAGCCCAAAAUUUCUGUUAAGUGAGGAAGUUGUUAAGAGAAUUGUGCAUCAUUUUACAACCUUUUUGCCACAGUUAUUACACGAAUCACUACAGUUUUUAAGUGACUUAUAUGGUUGUUAAAUGAAUCUUGCUUCCAACAUUGACUCUGCUUGUCAGAAGCUGACUGGGAAGAUUACAAAUUGUGAUUACAUGACCUCAGGACAGUGUGAGUUGCCAAGUGCCUGAGUUUUGAUCAUGUGACCGUAGGGAUGCUGCAGUGGUCAUACAUAUGAAAACUGGUCUUAAGUCUCUUUAAAGUGCUGUUGUAACUCUGAACAGUCCCUUAACGAAUGGUUAUAAGUUGAGGACUACCUGUAGCUUGUUUUGGCAUUGUUUAUAAUUAGUAGACUCCUAUUCAAAUAGAAUAAGUAUAAUUCACUUACAAGAUUAUUGGCUACUCUCUUUGAAAGGAACAUAUUGUAGUUGUGUGCUUUGUGCUGCACCCAUCCCACUGGCAAAGUCAAGAUUGUUUAAUUGUGUACUGAAAAUCAUUCUGCAAGAUACUUUUCUGCUUUGUUUCAUUUGCCAUCCCAGCAGAGGUGUAUUCUGAGCACUUCAAAGCAGCUGCUGUGAGUUUUGGAGCAGCUGCAACUUCAGGAAGCAGAUCCAGGUAUGGCUACUAAGUGGCUCUCUUGAGAUCUUCUGGGCAUGUGUGUGCAUGCAAAAAAUGUGCUUCCUUUGGGAUAGCCAAUGAGGCAAAGUGCUUUGUGGAAUGAGUAAAUGAGUUUAAUUUGGAUCACAAAUAUAACAAAGUGUUUUGACAUAAUCCUUCAAUUAUGCAAAACACUUGCAAAUUCUCUUAAGGAUUCAGAAAUGCUGCUUUUUAAAAAUACAAUGUAAUUGUAUUUCUGAAUAAGAAUCUAUAAUUGUUUGCAAUUCUAUCUGAAAUGUUGAUAUAAGGCCCAAUUUUAUUGGGUGUAUUUCAAAGUGCUGAUUAUCACCUACUAACCCCUUCAUGGCACAGGGCUUUGUUAUUUGCAGGACCAAUGUUAUCCAUGUAUCCAACCAUUUUGCAGGGUGGGGAGGGUUUCACUGAUAUGAAUGCUGCUUCAAGAUUAGAACUUCAAGCUUCAAGGUGUGUUUUUGAUGUUUUUAUUUUCAAACAGCUGUUUACUGUCCAGAAUACUAUGUCAAGUGACUAAUCAUAUAAACUGAAUAAAUAAAUAAAACUUUGCUCUGGAAUAAAAGGUUGAAUAUUAAUUUAAUAGAAUAGAAUAGAAUAGAAUUUUAUUGGCCAAGUGUGAUUGGACACACAAGGAAUUUGUCUUGGUGCAUAUGCUCUCAGUGUACAUAAAAGAAAAGAUACGUUCAUCAAGGUACAACAUUUACAACACAAUUGAUGAUCAAUAUAGCAAUAUAAAUCAUAAGGAUUGCCAGCAACAAGUUAUAGUCAUACAGUCAUAAGUGGAAAGAGAUUGGUGAUGGGAACUAUGAAACAAUUAAUAGUAGUGCAGAUUCAGUAAAUAGUCUGACAGUGUUGAGGGAAUUAUUUGUUUAGCAGAGUGAUGGCCUUCGGGAAAAAACUGUUCUUGUGUCUAGUUGUUCUGGUGUGCAGUGCUCUAUAGCGUCGUUUUGAGGGUAGGAGUUGAAACAGUUUAUGUCCAGGAUGCGAGGGAUCUGCAAAUAUUUUCACGGCCCUCUUCUUGAUUCGUGCAGUAUACAGGUCCUCAAUGGAAGGCAAGUUGGUAGCAAUUAUUUUUUCUGCAGUUCUAAUUAUCCUCUGAAGUCUGUGUCUUUCUUGUUGGGUUGCAGAACCGAACCAGACAGUUAUAGAGGUGCAAAUGACAGACUCAAUAAUUCCUCUGUAGAAUUGGAUCAGCAGCUCCUUGGGCAGUUUGAGCUUACUGAGUUGGCGCAGAAAGAACAUUCUUUGUUGUCCUUUUUUAAUGAUGUUUUUGAUGUUAGCUGUCCAUUUGAGAUCUUGUGAUAUGAUAGAACCCAAAAAUUUGAAGGUUUCUACUGUUGAUACUGUGUUGUCAAGUAUUGUGAGAGGUGGAAGUAUGGAAGGGUUUUUCCUAAAGUCUACCACCAUUUCUACGGUUUUGAGUGUGUUCAGUUCCAGCUUGUUUUGGUUGCACCACAAGGCUAGUCGUUCGACCUCUCGUCUAUAUGCGGAUUCGUCAUUGUCUCGAAUGAGACCAAUCACUGUUGUGUCAUCUGCGAACUUCAGUAGCUUAACAAAUGGAUCAUUGGAGAUGCAGUCAUUGGUAUACAGAGAGAAGAGAAGUGGGGAGAGCACACAGCCUUGGGGGGCCCCUGUGCUAAUUGUACAGGUCAACUAAAUGAAAAUUGGUCUGCUACUUACUUAGGCAUACCCUUCCCAGGAAAUGAAUACCAGAGGGGUAGUAUGACAAGUAAUUGAAAAGCUGGACGUUAUCUGCUAAGAAGAGAGAAAAGCAUUGAUUGCAAAAAAAUUGAACUAAGAUAUGAUUUGACUUCAGUAACCAUGAUGGCAACACAGACAUUAAGUAUAGACAACUAUCAAGAUGGGCAACAACAAAUGCAAGUAGUAACAGAAUUAAAAACUGAGCAAGAUCCAAACUGCUUAGAAACAGAUGCAGGAGGAUUGAGUCCUUCCCCAAUUGAAUCUCAAACACCGAUGGAUGCAGACAAGCAGGCUAUUUACAGGCAUCCACUGUUUCCCUUAUUAGCACUGUUAUUUGAAAAAUGUGAACAAUCUACACAGGGUUCAGAAGGCACAACAUCUGCAAGUUUUGAUGUAGAUAUUGAAAACUUUGUUAGAAAACAGGAGAAGGAAGGAAAACCCUUUUUUUGUGAAGAUCCAGAAACAGAUAAUUUAAUGGUAAAAGCAAUUCAGGUUCUACGAAUUCAUCUGCUUGAGCUAGAAAAAGUUAAUGAGCUCUGUAAAGAUUUUUGUAGUCGCUAUAUUGCAUGUCUAAAGACUAAAAUGAACAGUGAAACUCUGCUAAGUGGGGAAUCUGGAAGUCCUUAUUCACCAAUACAAUCCCAGUCCAGCAACUUUAAACAUGAUAAAGAUAGCUUGGAUUUGCUGGAGCAGCUGUCUUCAUGGAAAGAGUCACCAGAAAAUCCAAUUCAAAGUGCCAUCACAGGUACACUAAGUCCCCAGGGGAUAGUGGUACCUGCAUCAGCACUACAGCAGGGAAAUGUAACUAUGGCAACGGUUGCCGGUGGCACAGUAUAUCAGCCAGUAACAGUGGUCACACCUCAAGGACAAGUAGUAACACAAGCACUGUCACCUGGAACAAUCAGGAUCCAGAAUUCACAGCUCCAGUUACAGUUAAACCAAGAUUUAAGCAUCUUGCAUCAAGAUGAUGGAUCAUCAAAGAAUAAAAGAGGUGUUCUUCCAAAACAUGCUACAAACGUGAUGAGAUCUUGGCUUUUUCAGCAUAUAGGGCAUCCAUAUCCAACAGAAGAUGAGAAAAAACAGAUAGCAGCACAAACAAAUCUUACCUUACUCCAGGUUAACAACUGGUUUAUCAAUGCUAGAAGGAGAAUUCUCCAGCCAAUGUUGGAUUCCAGCUGUUCUGAAACACCAAAAACAAAGAAGAAAACAGCCCAAAAUCGACCAGUUCAGAGGUUCUGGCCAGACUCCAUUGCAUCAGGAGUAGCUCAGCAUCAAUCAAAUGAACUUACUAUGUCAGAUGGAGCUGUUGUAACAAUUACAGCUCCCGUCAACAUGAAUGUAGACAGUCUCCAAUCGCUUUCAUCUGAUGGUACUACUUUGGCUGUUCAACAAGUCAUGAUGGCCGGGCAAAGUGAGGAUGAAUCUGUAGACAGCACUGAAGAUGAUGGAACAGACCUCUCAACUACAAAUAUCAGUGGGCUGGUCUUGGAUAACAGUGAUUCUCUGCAAUAGGAAGCAAGAGGACCUGACCUAAAAUAUUAAGAAAGACAAUGGACUGACUGACUUUUUAUAGUUUGCACAGCAAACAUUUUACACAAGUUUUAUUUCUAUGUUUUAUAUGUAGAUAUAGAAGAGUGCACUUUUUUGUAUUUCAUAGUAAGCUUAAAGAGUGUCUUUGCAGGUGCAGCAACUUCUUUCAAACGUGUUGUUUUUUGGUUUUAAUUUUGAAAAUCUAAUAAGUUAAAAAAUUAUCAUCCCAUUUGUUUUCCUAAAGUUAUUAUUUCAUUUACACAUACAAAAAGCUGAGUCAAGCUGAAAAAAUGUGUGUAAUGGGGUUGCAGACAUGGGGUUAAAUGGUGGCUGCCUGGAAUGUGAGUUAGUUUUACAUUAGCAUGGAUUUAAACUUACCCAAACCAGACAAUUACUAUGUUACUCAGUUUCUCGCUAUUCUAUAGCAAUAGAUCUGCAAUUUUCAAACAUAUAAAAUUGCACUGCUAUGGGAGAACUGAAAGUACUUUUUAUCUUGUUGAAAGUAACCAGUUUCAGUUCUGUCAUUUUAACAAGGGUGGUUAAUGUAAAUGUAAAGCAUGUCAAACUAAUGUAUGGGAUUUGUUUAUGAAGUUAGCCAUGUAGAUUUGAAAGUUGCUUCUGCACCUUAAAAAAGGAAACUAAACUGCCUGUCUAAAGUGGGCAACAUAAUACAAAAAAAGAAAGAAAGAAAGAAGUGAAAAUGUGUGAUUCCUAAAGAAUGCAUGGCAUUUACUAUAAACUUAAUUUCUUCAGGAGGGGUUAGGUGGACAACUCUAGAUCUCAUUGUACCUUUAAAUUUUGCUGUUGAUAUAGCUACCACAGUUUUUUUCUCAAAAAAUUUUCUCCCUUUUUUAUCCAUUUGCCCAGUGGCUCCUUUUCUUUUCUUUUCUUUUCUUUUCUUUUUUUCAGCAAAUAAGGUGAGGUUAGAAUGGCAAUAAAAGAAAUAGAGGAGCCAGAAGAAGCCAUGAUUGUAGCUCUCUUCUGGUGAUACAUUCCAGUGUAGAAUUCACCAUGUAAGGAACAGCAAACCACCACUACGCUGUCUAAGUAGUAGUGAUGACAUCACUGAUCUCCACAAGCAUGGCAUGAUUAUCUACAAUGUGGAGUUUGACAAUGCAUGUUUUUUU